AUGCCAGAAUACGCAAAGAUGAAGAACGCCGAGCUGGAGGCACUCCUUAAGGAGCGUGGUCUCCCGCACGCCGGCAAGAAGGCAGACAUGGUCGACCGUCUCACCAAAGACGACGAGAAGAACAGCUCCGGCGCCACUCCCGCUGACCCCAAGCCCGCGGUCAACACGGAAGACGAGAUCGACUGGGAUGACGACGAGCCUGCGAAGACCGCGCCCGCCGCAGCUGAGGAAGUCACAACAAACAAGGAGACAGUAGAUAAGGCUGGCGGAGAAGGGCAGCCGCUGAACCCGCAAGCUGUCCCCAAUCAGGUAGCCGACAUCGAUCCCGCGAAGACCGAUGAUCUGUCCGUUCAGCCACCGACAGAGGGCCCCGAUACUACGGCCGAAGAGAACAAGGAGCCCGCUCCUAGCUACGCGCAAGGCCUCGCAGCCACCAGCAUCGACGAGGAAAUCGAGCGCCGCAAGAAGCGUGCUCUGAAGUUCGGCACCAAGAUUGAAGACGACGAAGGGCUCAAGAAAUUGGAGCGCAUGAAGAAGUUCGGUGAGAAGGGCCAGGUGCAAGGUCUCGACGAGGCUCUUCCUGAGCGCGAGAGGAAGCGCGGACGGGAAGAUAAAGAUGACGCAGGUGCGAAUAAACGCCGCGAUGGAGGCAGGCCCGGUCGCGGUGGCCGAGGCGGUGGUGGCAGACGCGACAACAGGAACGAGCGCAGCCGCCGCGACAGCAGAAGUCCUCGCCGAGAGCGUGCUCCAGCCAAUGCAAGCUACAGCGAAUCAGACAGGAAGGCGGCAGAGGCAAGAAAGGCCAGAUUUGCGAAGCCUGCGGCUUAA